GAGCAGCGACCGACGCAGCGGGCCAUUUGUUGUUGAGACGCGGCGCCGCGGACACGUCUUCGAGACAAUCAUGGCCCAGCGGAUGGUGCACGAGUUUUUGGCGGCGUACUCCAGUUGUUGUGCGGUGGCCGCACUGCUGUUGCUGCAGCCGGCAGCCGGCAUGGCCGUCGUCGGGGUGGCUGGUGGUGGCCCACGCGGCACCAUCGCGGCAGACGCCGUCGCCGGCGUUGUAGUUCCGGUAGCGUCGUCAGCCACCCGGAACAAGCGAUGGUCCACGACGUUCGGAGGCAACUCGAGCAACAAAAACGCGACAGUUAAUAAUGCAGUUCAGGAUUGUACUACGGACUCUGAUUGUUUGGAUACGCCAUUUACAUCUUGUGCGUUAGAUCCGAGUGACAAGAAAAGAAAAUGUCUGUGCGCAGAUGGGAAACAGCCAUUGAAUGGCGACUGCUUAAAAAAGCCAAGAGGACCGCUUUUUGUUCCAGCAUUAAGAACAUCGUGUGAAACAGAUGUGGAAUGUUUGCCGAAUGCUAUUUGCAAAAAUAACGCCACAUUAACGAAUCCAAGAUUGAAGAUAUGUGCGUGUAAAGAUGGAUAUACUGAGGAAAAGGAUUCUUGCAACUAUGCUGAUUUAUUAAAUUUCAAUUACCUGACUUUGUUCAUCGCAGUUUUCACUUCAUUGGUUUGGAAUGAUCAUCGUGCAUAGUCUUAGAAGACUUAAAAAAAAAACAAAUUGUUUUUUUUUUUUCUAUACUUGCACAGUAUUUAUUAUCUAUUUAACUAUAUUUUAUAUUACACUUCACUAAAUGAAUGCACAAAUUAUAAUAAUAUUUUUAGGUCCUGUUGUAUUACUAAUUUACAUAUUGACAUAUUGUUCGCCUAAUUUUAGUUAAA